UUUCCGACAGUGUGACUCGCAAAGCGUAACCGCUGUGAAUAAGCUGUUUUAGUUUCCUGUUUUACAUUCUAAAAACUAAUCUUUAGAUACUUUCAAACUAAUUAUCAACAAACAUAACUGUACCGAUAACCGAUAUAUUGCAAUUAUCAGUCGAAAUACGUGUUCAACCAGCUUCAGUUCUGAAGUUGCAACUCGAGGCCCCUGCGGAGUGUUAGCUCUAGCUGCACUGUAAAGUUUGUUGUUGUCACGUGACGUGAUACGAAUGUGGCGAUAAAGUUUUUGUUUCGUUAUUAAAACUACCAUACAUUUCAACAUUGGCUAUCUAUUGAAGUAACUAUUUUAACACAAUGCCUCAACCAAAAUACAGGAAGAUUGCUGUGAUUGGGUACAGAUCUGUAGGAAAGUCUUCUCUCACAAUACAGUUCGUGGAAGGACAGUUCGUAGAUUCAUAUGACCCUACCAUUGAAAACACCUUCAACAAAAUGGUGUCUGUCAACGGUCAAGACUUCAAUCUUCAGUUGGUCGAUACUGCGGGUCAGGACGAAUACUCUAUUUUCCCUCAGUCUCAUUCAAUGGACAUCCAUGGUUAUGUCUUGGUCUACGCAGUGACUUCCAUGAAAAGUUUUGAAGUUGUUCAGGUUCUUCAUGACAAGCUUCUAGAUAUGGUUGGGAAAAUACAGGUGCCAACUGUUCUUGUUGGGAACAAAAAAGAUCUCCACAUGGAAAGGGUGAUCAAGCCAGAAGAAGGGAAGAAGCUGGCCGACUCAUGGGGAGCAGCGUUCAUGGAGUCUUCUGCCAAGGAGAACGAGACCGCUGUAGAGUUAUUCAAGCGGAUCAUUCUGGAGAUGGAAAGGGCGGAUGGGAACGUUGCCUCAGAAGAUAAGAAGUGUGCUGUGAUGUAAGAGGGUCUAACCAGGACAGCAGUAAGCUCAUUGGCCGAAACCAGGAGACACAUCACCACCAGCCUGCCAAUCAUGACCUCCCCAGCACCAAGGAGCUGCAGUUGCAAUGUGGCCAUUUAUAAUUCAAUAGUGUUUUGCAAAGGCAGCCAAUCACACUCAAGGCUGACAAAGGAGAACUCUGAGAGGUGUCACACAAGGGUUUCACUGUCAGUUUUACUGAACUCUGUCAAGUUUGGUUGGCUUAAACCAAACCUCAUGGAAAAACAAAACAUAUGAAAAUGCCAAAUGUAAUGUAUGAGCCACAAGCUCAAACUUUACAGAAAAAAACGUCUCCCUGAUAAUCUGAUAAUCGCAAUCAACUAGCUAGCCAUGCAUCAACAGAUGGAGCAAUGACUGGCCAGUGUCCCUGACUCUCACUGGCUAGCUUCACCUUGUACACCUUGACUCCUUUUCUCAGGUCAUCUGUAUACUUCAAUGAAUACACCGGCCAUGGCAGAGAGCCACAGUUCACAUUGCUGUUGUAGCGACGUUGGAAAGUUGCUAUGAUUUACAACUGAUUAAUGUCUUACAGUAUCUUGGAAUGAGUUUUCUUUCACACAAUACGUGUGUUGCGGAAAUACAUUUCCUCUUGCAUUGG